UAUAAAUAUUUUCUCUUCCCCAAAACUCAGAGAGAGAGAGAGAGAGAAAGAGAGAGCUCAGGCUCCGAUCAUAGAUAUUAGUGUUUUUGUUAUUUCAUAAUCAAAUUCCUUAUUAUCCAAAACUCAAAUCUUCAGAUCAGGUCUUGAGUGUUGUUUGGCUCUUUCGAUUAACUAAGUUUCAUGUCUGAUCUCGACGUCCAGAUUCCUACCACAUUUGAUCCGUUUGCUGAUGCAAAUGCUGAAGACUCUGGUGCCGGUUCCAAGGAGUAUGUGCAUAUUCGUAUUCAGCAGCGGAAUGGUAGGAAAAGCCUGACUACGGUCCAAGGAUUGAAGAAAGAAUUCAGCUAUAACAAAAUCCUUAAGGACCUCAAGAUAGAGUUUUGUUGCAAUGGCACUGUUGUCCAGGACCCGGAAUUAGGACAGGUUAUUCAGCUUCAAGGCGAUCAAAGGAAGAAUGUCUCUACCUUUCUUGUUCAAGCUGGUAUUGUGAAGAAGGAUAACAUCAAAAUCCACGGCUUUUAAGCCUUGCGGCAGCAAGAACUUCCUGUAGUCGUCUACUCUUUUCUAUUCCAACAUGAAACUCCUACUUGAUUAACCAAUAGCUAUAUAUAUCUACUAUUACGAUAUCUCUUGUUGGUCUGCUACUGAUAUAUGCACCCUGUGCUUCUUAUGCUUUUCAACUCUUAUGCCUAUGUGAUGUUGAAUGACAGUGUAAACCACCAUGUAUUUUCUAUUUCUCAAA